CGGAGCCGAGGUGCCAGCCCGCCGGGGACGGGGUGGGGAGAGCUGCCCUGCUGCCUGCCCCCCAGCCCCGGGCUGCCUGCAUGGCUCCCGGGCACGGCUCGGCUCGGGGGGGCUGCUGCUGCUGCUGAGCAACAACCCCCUGCUUGAAACUCAGCCGCAACUUAGCGCAGCAAGGAUGGCAACACCACCGGAGCUCCGGAGCUGCCCAGAGAGCCAGGGAACCUGGGUUUUGUUUGCCGCUCUCUAAUAAAUGGGAGUAAAAUGGAAUUUCUUACCUGGGUUUUUCCUGCCUUGGUUCUACUGUGCACCCAACAGCACAGGUGUAUCAGAGCUAUGAACGACAUCGGAGAUUACAUAGGUUCCAACAUCGAAAUAUCCUGGUUACCCAACCUGGAUGAUUUAAUGAAAGGGUAUGCACGUAAUUUCAGGCCUGGGAUUGGAGGUCCUCCUGUUAAUGUUGCUCUUGCAAUUGAAGUAGCCAGCAUCGACCACAUCUCAGAAGUGAACAUGGAAUAUACCAUGACGGUAUUUUUGCACCAGAGCUGGCGAGAUGACCGUCUAUCUUACAACCACACCAAUGAAACUCUGGGCUUAGACAGCCGCUUUGUGGACAAGCUCUGGCUGCCAGAUACUUUCAUAGUAAAUGCCAAGUCUGCCUGGUUCCAUGAUGUGACUGUGGAAAACAAACUUAUCAGGCUCCAGCCAGAUGGAGUCAUUUUAUACAGCAUCAGGAUUACCUCAACAGUGGCCUGUGACAUGGACCUUUCCAAGUAUCCAAUGGAUGAGCAAGAAUGCAUGUUGGAUUUGGAGAGCUAUGGCUACUCUUCAGAGGACAUCGUCUACCAUUGGUCAGAAAACCAGGAGGAGAUCCAUGGGCUGGAUAAGCUGCAGCUUGCUCAAUUCACAAUUACCAAUUACCAGUUCACAACAGAAAUGAUGAAUUUCAAAUCUGCAGGUCAGUUUCCCAGGCUCAGUCUCCACUUCCACCUUCGGCGAAAUCGAGGAGUUUACAUCAUUCAGUCUUACGUUCCUUCUAUCUUACUAGUGGCCAUGUCUUGGGUAUCCUUCUGGAUCAGUCAGUCAGCCGUGCCUGCCAGAGUGUCAUUAGGUAUCACUACUGUUCUUACUAUGACCACGCUGAUGGUCAGUGCCCGAUCUUCGCUUCCGCGAGCAUCUGCCAUCAAGGCACUUGAUGUUUACUUCUGGAUUUGCUACGUGUUUGUCUUCGCUGCACUGGUAGAGUAUGCAUUUGCACAUUUCAAUGCUGACUACAUGAAAAAGCAAAAGAACAAGAUAAAAGCGAGAAGGCAGAGCGGAGAGAUAAACGUGAAGAAUGCCAUUGUUCUGUUUUCCCUUUCCAUAGCUGGUGUGAACCAGGAACUGGCCAUUUCCAAUAGGCAGCACCGAAUUCCCAGAAGCCUGCCUGGAUCGUAUGGCACAAUAGAAAUAGAAACUGGAGAGACAAAACGGCAGCACAUAAUGAAACUGGAUAAAAAGAGUGGUCUGAAGUCCCUCUUUAAGCCCAUUGAUGCUGAUACCAUUGAUAUAUAUGCCAGAGCCGUGUUCCCAGCAGCCUUUGCAGCAGUCAAUGUUAUAUACUGGGUUGCAUACACAAUGUAAACAAAAAAAUUAAAAAAAAAAAAUCAUCAGAAGAGCUACAAAUUGAACAAUACCUACGGACUAAAAAAGCCUUGCUGAAACUGUAUUGAUCCGUCUCUUUUCAAAAUAUUUUCCAAUGAGCUUGAGACACUUCUAAAGUCAAGGAGGUUCUGCUAUGAAUUCCUACUAAAAGCAACGAUUUAUUACCGAUCUGAUUUGAUCC